UUGGGGAUUCCUCCCGAAGUUUCGUGCGAGUACGCGCGAAUUUACAAACUGAACAAAAUGUCGGAGAAGACGGAGUAUAUCCUAAACAGCCGAUACAGCUGCAAAAAGAACAUAAACUAUUUUUUCUUUUCUUAUCCUGGGUUUCCCUCUGGUGCUUUCGCAGAAACGGUCCGAAAGCAUGCAAAUGCUCUCAUUAAUACCAAUGGGGGCAUACUUGUUUUUGGGGUUAAUCCCAAUUCAGAAUUCAUAAGUGGAAUAAAAAGAAUAACACGGGCAGAAGAAGACCUGUAUCGCCUUUCACUUGACAGGGAAAUAAGGAAUUUCAAGCCGAGUGUAUCACCAAGUCUAUACAGGUUUUCAAUUCGCUUUUUAAGCAACUCGCUUUGCUUGCUGGAAAUCCGCAUCAGUGCUGGACCAGUUGGUGAGAUGUACAUGACAGGCGAUGAAAAGGUGUAUAUUGUAAAACAUCAUCAUCUUCACGGGCCACUCUACCCGUUCGAAAUUAAAGAGCUUGUUCUUGCCAAAUACAAGGCGGAGAUAAAGCAUAGCCAAGGUGUGAUCACGCCAGCCUUGUAUUGAUGAAGAGUUAGCGGUAAUUUUGGAAAACCAAAAAGGGGGAAUGAAACCAACUUUUUAUACAGGAGGACUUGUUAAAAAAAAGGAAAAUUGUUUUAAAAAAGAUAUCCUAAAAAUUGUCAACGAGGGCAACAUCAAAUCAUGGACCUUUAUUUCCUAUCAAGAGCUUGUACUCUAGAUGCAUUUACCUUAGAAACGUUAAUAAUUGAAAACUAUUGUUAUAAAAGACCUGAAAAGAGGGCAUAACGAAGCCAUUGGACGGAUAAAAAUGAUUAAAAUAACUGUUAUUACAUGAA